UUUGGAUUUUAAGUUUUGUUUCGGAAGAUAAAUUACUUCCCAGUGAGCUUUCAGUUCUAUGAAAUUCCUUAUAAUAUUAUAAGGUUUCAUUCAAAAAAUUAUCUAUUCUAGAUAAAAGUAAUUAAAUAAAUUAGAGGCUUAUUUUUUUUUGAGCACUUUAUAUUUAAAUAACUACAUUGCUGGCUCUUAAAAAUAUUUUUUAUUUAUCUCCUUAUUUUUUCAACUUUAAAAAAAUAAUUGUAUUAAAUAAUAUGCAAUUUAUAUCAGAUUUAAACAAGUCUGCAUAUUAAACAGGUUUAAAAUCUAUGGAUUAGCAGCAAAUUCAUAUUUUAAAAGCAACAUAAGCCUAGCCAGAUGGAGGCAAUUAAAGCGCAGAAGAUGCAAGCAUAGCAGAUCUGAAAAAAUAAUAAAGAAGAGAAAAAUUACUACAAAAGCUGAAAUUGUCUAGUGAAGAAAUUGUUUUCCACCCUCAAUUCGUGUAAGUACCUAUAAACACCAAUUAUAUUUAAGAAAAUUAAGAUGAUUAAAAUGAUGAUUCAACUCAGGUUAAAAAGAGCAGAUCAAAGAAGAAAAAUAAAUAAAAUGCAGAGCAGCAGGAAGAUUUAGUGAAUUAGAUAUUGCCUUAAAAAAUAACUAACAAUAACCAAUAAUAAAUAGAAGUUAAAUCAUAGUAAACACAUCAAGUAGCUAAUGGUCAUAAUCCAGUAGUAUAAGAUUAAUAAUAGACUGACAGAAAAAAUAGACGACAGGAUAAUUAAUAUUUCAAGGAAGAUUCUUAAAGUAAUUAACAAAUUUAGUAAGUAACAAAUAGAAGUAAUAAAAAUAAAUUAAGUAAUCAAAAUCAUAGCUCCUCCUAUCAGCUCGUACAGUAAGAAAGCAACCAUUUAAAGAAUACUCAAACAAAUAAUUUAAAUCACAACAAUCAAAAUGAUAUCAUUAAAGAUAAGCAAUCAGAGACUAAAGACUAAGCAAAUUAAUUAAAAGAUGCUAAAACAGGUAAAAAGAAUAUUGUAAUCUUACAAUCAGAAAAGCAAAAACAGAAAAAGUAAGGCUAUUAUUCGAAGAUCAAUUAUAAUUUGAGUGAAAUUAUCGAAAAGUAAAUCAUUCCUAUAAAGCUUGAAGAAAAAUAACAUAAAGAUCAAGUUUAGCAGUAGACUGAUGAGAAGUUAAUUGACAGUAUUUAAGUGCAUGUCCUUGGAAAAAAUCCAAAAAAACAAAAAAAUAAAUCUUUGGUUAAUUAGUAAUAGAAACCAGAUAAAAAAGAAAAAUCACUGGAAAGUUUAAAAGUACAAAAAUAAGAAAAAUAGCCUUCUAUUAGUAAAACUCAAUAAAAUUAAAAGUUAAAAGAUAAUUAAAGUAUCAUUAAAAUAAAUGACCUUGAUGUUUAAAUCUCUCAAAUAUAAGAGCAGAUAAUUUUGCUAUAGGAAUAAUAAAAAUCGAAUUCUGGAUGGAAUACUGAGAUUUUAAGCGAAAAAGAGCUCAAAGAAGUGAGUUAAAAGAUGAAAUCAUUUUAAUAAAAACUUGAUGAUUUAAUUUUAAAAAAAGAUCUGAUUAUUUUAUAAGAAAAAUAGCAGAAGGAAUAACUAAUUCAACAAUAGCAAGAGAGAAAAAAACAGAGGUAUCUAAGAAAAUUAAAGAGACUAGGCUUCUUAAAAAACAUUGCUAAAGAAGUAGCGCUUUUUAAAAUUAAAAAAGGUAUUCCCCAUCCACGUUAAAAUAGAGUGAUUAAAUACAAAGCUGUUCCAGAAAAUUAACUUGACUUUGAGCUGAUAGAGAAAAAAAAGAAAAAGGUCUCAAAAAUUAAAACUUCGUUGAAAAUCUUUCAAGAACAAGAGAAUUUUAAAAAAAGUAAAGCUGCUAAAGAGCAUGAGAAUAAAAUAAAAUAAUAAGAUACAUAAAAUGAAGAUGAUCAUUUUGAAACAGUCGCUGAGGAUGAAUCAAAUGAUGAAGACAAAAUUUAAUCCAAAGAAGAUAAAGAAUUUUAGUAAGACUAAAUUAAAAAUAAUACCUCCGAUGAAGAUUUUAAAGAAGAUACCUUAUUUGAAAAUCCUUAAGUUUAAUCUGAUAAAGAAUCUCCUUAAAUUUAUAAACUCCCACCACACAUAAAUGAAGAUCAUAACUUAGAAAAUUUUAAAUACAAUAACAUGUAUCUUAGAAAUUGGGUUGAUCACAUGCCGAAUUAGGACAUUGAUAAUCUUGUUUUGACUCUAGUUAAUGACCUUGCUUAUAAAUAAGCCAUGAAAAAACUGAAUGAUCCAAAGAAAUUCAAAAAAAGAAUAGUAGCUGGAUUUAAAGAGGUCUUAAGCACUUUAACCACUAAUGUUAAAGAAAAAAAAUCGAAAUGUAUCAUAAUUGCUUUGAAUAUACAAAAGAAUCCUCUUGAAAAUGGCUCUGAUUAGCUUGUUUUAUAAAUAAUUAAUCAUGCUACCUAAAAAAAAAUACCAAUUAUACAUUCUUGUAGCAGGGCAAGGCUAGGCAAAGCAUUUACAGGUAAAUUUGGUCCAAGAAUAAGUGUAUUGAGUGUUUUAAAUUACGAAGGGUUAGCUGAUCAGGUUAACCAGCUUGAAGAAUUAGUUAAUAACUAAAGAAUAAAUUAUUUCAGUACUUACAAAAAACCAAACUGAUGAGUUUAUUUUAGUUCUUAGAACAAAUGAUAGAAAAUAUAUUCAUGUAUAAAUAAAAAAUAAUUUAAAAAAUAUAAAAAUUAUUUAUUAAAAAAUAAAGUUAAAAUAUCAUUUUAAAAAAAUAAUAAAUAAAUUUGUUUUUUUAUUUAUCUCUGAAUGUCUGGUAUUCUUUUGGCUUAAGAAAUUCUUAGUUUUAAUUCAAGUUGAUACCAAUCAAUCAAGAAUAAAUUGAUACUUAUGAUAUUUAUUUUUACCAAAUUACUUCCUUUUUAAAUCC